GGUCCAGAGAGCUGCCAGCAGAGAGGGCGUCGUUUGAAUUUCAUUUCGGUUAGUGCUGUGACUGCGAGCUGCGGCAGUUCAACGGCCAAAAGUCGAUUUUUAUUAAAUAUAAAAUCCCCUUCGGUUGGAAAUACUGUUCAUCUCCACAGAGCCAGGGCCCUGCUGCCGUGUUUUUCCUGGUUGUGGUGCUGACUGGUGUCGGAGACGAUGCGGCACAAUACGUCUGCCAGCCGACGGAAAGGUGCCACCCCUAGACGCCGGCCCCCCGCUGCCCCUGCAGCCCCGCGGCCCUCCAGGUCCCCGAGACGCAGCGGAGAAUCAGCACGUCCUCCCAAAUCUCCCAAGAAGAGAAGGUUUCGUCCAGGAACCAGAGCCCUGAUGGAGAUCCGCAAAUAUCAGAAGAGCCAUGACCUGCUGCUCAGGAAGGCCCCGUUCUCUCGCCUGGUUCGGGAAGUGUGCCAGAACUUUUCCAGAGAGGCUCUCAAGUGGCAGGUGUACGCUCUGCUGGCCCUGCAGGAGGCGGCGGAGGCGUUUCUCGUCAUGUUGUUCUCCGACGCCAACCUGUGUGCCAUCCACGCCAAGCGGGUCACGCUGUUCCCCCGCGACGUGCAGCUGGCCAGGAGGAUCAGAGGUGUGGAGAACAUGUGAGGAGGAAUGGCGAAGAAAAGGACAGUCGGACGUUUAACAAAUGAGUGUGUUAGGAAAAAGCCCAGACCUGAUCGAGCGGGACGGCAUUUCUCCUCCAAAAGACCGAGACGAUGACACACGGCGACUUCAUGUCUCUAAAAACACUGAGGACUGUGACAGAAUCUCUCUCGGCCCCAAAAAUCAAAAAUCAUAUGUCAGGUGGGGGAGAGAAAGGCGCUAAAAUUCAAAGUGCCGAAGUAAAGUUUUAGUCUCUUGAAACCAUCACUCUUUUAACUCUGCCGUGGAUUUUCAUAGUUUGGUUCUGUUUAGUUUUCAGUGGCGUGCUGUAGGAAGCGUGAGGCGAUUUAGACAGAAUGAAAUACCAUAUUAUUUUUGACCAAAUGGUUCUGUCACCAAGUAUUUACACAAUGAGUUUUUUGGUAAAUAUUAACAGAAGGAGAUUUUUGACAAAUGGGCACUUUGAUAAAUGCCAGUGGCUAAAGGCAAAUAAACAGCUAGAACAGUCAAAAAUGACAUCAAUUUACUGAACUGCCGCUUUUAAAACCAGAAGAAGAAAACAUUUAUCCAAAAUCCCAGACAGUAUCUGGUCUCUUAUCAUGAUGACGGUAUAAUAUGUCGGCCUGCCCUGGUUGCAGGUAACCGCCUCUACCAUCAGUUUCAUCAGAGUCAAAAUUACACACACACACACACACACACACACAUACCACAAAAAGAAAUGAAGAGAGGCAACAAUGAAAACAUUCCUCAUCAAAUCUUAGUGUUUCUGGACAAAGUUGUGAUGUUGUUCAUAAUAUACAGCAAAGACACCUGCUCGUACUGAACUUCCUGUUCAGUUGAUGUUUUACUGAUGUGUAUAAAAUUUAAUUCUUUAUGUAGCUGAAUUUGACUUAUGUAUUUUUUAAUAAACUGCAAUUUUUUUUUCUA